CGCCUGCGCACUCGUCUACAUUUUGCUCUGUCUGCCACCCGCGUAACUUCAAACAGCCUCGGCUCGCUCAAAACAUUGAAGCAGAAAUGGCGGCGACGAGAGCAAAGUCAAAGGCGCUGAAGACAAAAUACCUACCGAUAACUGAAGAUUCAACCACCACCGACACCAACAGAGAUUUCUCUUUUCAUACUAUGGAUUUAACCCCCGGCAGUGACAUCUCCGCUCAGGCCGAGGUCGACGAGGACUGCGACGGACCCGUGGUGUUCGUCUGCGGGAAGUGCAGCUUGCCCGUCGGCGACUCUCUGUCCUGGGCCGGGAGUGAAGACAGUCAGAGCCAGAUACACCUGAAACGUGUCACUGACAACGUUUUGGUUGGGAAGGAAAGCCACGUUUAUGAACCCAGUAAAAGAUCUCGCUGUCUGAUCGUGGAUCUUACCUGUCGAGGCUGCCACUCUCUGCUCGGCAUGGUUUAUGUGUCCACGCCCAAGAGCCUGGACUUCAAAAGAUUUGCCUUCUGUUUCAAUGUCGCAGACAUUGAGAGCUAUGUGCUCGGCUCCGCGAACCAGAUGGUGGCAGCAGAGGGCCCAAAAGAGCAGCCAGUCACCCUGGAGUACAGAGGCAUUGUUGAACAACAACUGACAGAGAUAAAAACGCUGGUGGUCUCCAUGGCGCAGAGGCUGGAGGAGAUCGAGGCUGGCCUGCAGGAGGGAGGUGAUGAGCCCUGAUAGUGAUGGACUUCCAUUUAUCUGGGUGGGUGAUUUGUUGGACGGGUGAGGGCAGGGGUUCCAAGCCUGCUACCUCUUUCACCUUCAUGUAUCGCCUUUAACUUACAACAUUCCCUCAGUAAAAGCAUUUUCUGUGGUUGUGUCUUACCCACACACACGCACACACACCUGCAUACACAGCGCCAACUCUUCUUUGUCCGGAUUACGGUUGGUGAAACAAAGACCAGCGCGUGUAAUCAAUCAUGUUGUCAGCUUGGCUCCUGCUGUUGAUAGCAGCAUCUUUUCUUCCCGUCUCCACGCAGUGAGAAUGCCGGCUAUGAGCAGAAUGUUUAUUUGUGUAGGAUUUCAUCAGGCUGCACACUCAGCACACUGCUGUAUCGAUCUGGUGAUGCGAGGCCACACACACUCCCUCUUUGUUCAUUUCCUCGAGCCAUGCAGCCUCAAAAUACAAAAGGAAUGUUUGUUUCUCUCUUGUAAUCAUCCCUUUCUGACCCAGACUGUAAAGCAUUUGUUGCUGUUACAUUAUCUAUUAAUUAUUUUGUUUGUUUUUGUUUUAUUUGUUUUUAGAAGUGGUGCAUUCUGGACUUAUUAAUAGUGGAUGGUUUUUCAGGUAUGAUUGCUUAAGAGAUGUUUCCACCCUAUAGUCAAAAGAGUAUGAAAAGCGUUAACUCUGUUGUAUUUGUAUUUCAUUGUUGUUCUUUAUAUAUAAUGGAAUAAACCCAAUAAAAUAACUAAACUGUCAAGAUA